UCUUCCACACACACACACCAAGUUUCAGUUCAUGUCCUUACUGGGGCCCUCCGUAUGGACCCUUCUAUAAGUGAUUGUUAACCUACAGGACAACACUUCUCUGCAUCCAAACUUAAGUAUUUACAAUAACAAUAAUGCACUUUCUGAGCUGCUGCAUGAUGAAGAAAAUAUUUUGAAGUGAGAUCCCUUUUUAGGCCUCUGUUGGGAUGUUAAGAUAGGGAGACUUCUAAGAGUGACCCUCGUGGGGCCCUGGAUUAUAAUACCUUUAUGAUCUAUAAGUAUUUCCCAACUCAUGCUUCCUGUCAGAGCUGACUGUCUUCUUCUUUUAUGUCUAAACACUACGUGACAUCCAAGCAGGCUCCAGCAGCAGAAGAAGAGAUGGCUGUUGAUCUGUCCUCCAAGGUUUAUGGUGAAGAUGAUGAUGAUGCUGGUGAAGAUGAUGCCCCAAAGGAAUUUGCUAUCAGAGGAUCAUGCCUGGUGGAUUAUUCUGACACUGAUGGAACCGAUGAGGAUUGUUUAAAUGAUCAGCCAUUGGCUCCACGCUGUGAUGAAGGUGUUCCAAAGUUGAGAAGGACGAAAAGCAUUUGGAUGAAAAAAGUUCCAGAUUUUUCUGAUGCCCUCUACGACAGUGAUGACAGUACAGAGGGCCCUUCAGCUCAGUCCAAGUCUGAGAUGGCUUUACAAAGAAUGCAUACAUUAGAAGAUUUCUGUCAACCUGUCAGUGAUUCAGAUGAGAGUAUUGUGGAAGAAACCGAUUUUGAGGAUUCCACAAAGGAUGAUUCCACUGAGCAAUCAGACAUUGAAGUUCUUCCAAAGCUGUGGACAAAAAUCAUUCAGAUGAAAAACGUACCAGAUUAUUCUGAUGCCCUCUAUCAUUCAAGUGAUGACAGUGCAGAGGAUCCAUCUACUUGGUCUAAGUCUGAGAUGUCUUCACAAAGGCGAAGGAGAAGCUGCUUCCGUCCUAUGCAAGGAAUUAUUGCAGGAUCAGAUGCCUCAAGUGUAGAUCAAGAUAGUGGAGAGGAGUAUAAUCCAGGUCUCAUGGAAGAGAGCACAGACAGUGAGUGCAGCUUGGAAAUACCCAUGGUAAAUACUAAGGAUAGGCCCAAGUCCUCCAGUCUGAGUCAGUCCAAGUCCUCCAAGUCCUCCUGUCUGAGUCAGUCCAAGUCCUCCUGUCUGAGUCAGUCCAAGUCCUCCAGUCUGAGUCAGUCCAAGUCCUCCAAGUCCUCCAGUCUGAGUCGGUCCAAGUCCUCCUGUCUGAGUCAGUCCAAGUCCUCCAAGUCCUCCUGUCGGAGUCAGUCCAAGUCCUCCUGUCUAAGUCAGUCCAAGUCCUCCAGUCUGAGUCAGUCCAAGUCCUCCAAGUCCUCCAGUCUGAGUCAGUCCAAGUCCUCCAGUCUGAGUCAGUCCAAGUCCUCCAGUCUGAGUCAGUCCAAGUCCUCCAAGUCCUCCAGUCAGUCCAAGUCCUUCAAGUCCUCCAGUCUGAGUCAGUCCAAGUCCUCCAGUCUGAGUCAGUCCAAGUCCUCCAGUCAGUCUAAGUCCUCCAGUCUGAGUCAGUCCAAGUCCUCCAAGUCCUCCAGUCUGAGUCAGUCCAAGUCCUCCAAGUCCUCCAGUCUGAGUCAGUCCAAGUCCUCCAGUCAGUCUAAGUCCUCCAGUCUGAGUCAGUCCAAGUCCUCCAAGUCCUCCAGUCUGAGUCAGUCCAAGUCCUCCACUUUGAAAUAA